UUCGACAGAGAGGGGACGGUGUAAGAUUUUACCCCCUUUCGCAGCCGAUAUCUUGGAGCAGCAGCGUCGCCGAGAGAAACAGCAGCUCGGGGGGAAGGAGGGAGAGAGAGGUGGCGACGGCGAGGACGGCGAAGGACGUUUCCCCUCACGAGUUCGUCAAGGCUUACGCCGCCCACCUGAAGCGCUUGGCAAGCAGGUGACACCAUUUUUCAUUGCAUUUGGCAAUUCUGUUGAAUGUGGAUGCUCUGUUUAUGUAAAGCUUUCUGGAAGAGAGGCUGAAUUAAUCCAUCCUUGCGCCCAAUUGCGGUUUCUGUUUUUAACCUGUCAAAGGCUGAGAGAUGGCCCAACAAGAUGAAGUGAAGACAUUUGAGGAAUUAGGGAUAUGUGAGCAAUUGGUGAAUGCUUGUAAAAGUCAGGGAUGGUUGAACCCGACAAAGAUCCAAGUUGAAGCCAUUCCUCAUGCACUUGAAGGGAAGGAUUUGAUAGGACUGGCACAGACAGGUUCUGGCAAAACUGGAGCCUUUGCUCUCCCCAUAUUGCAAGCUCUAAUAGAGUCUCCACAGCCUUUUUUUGCUUGUGUGCUCUCUCCAACAAGGGAGCUGGCCAUUCAGAUUGCUGAGCAGUUCAGCAGUUUGGGAAGUGAUAUUGGAGUUAGAUGUGCUGUGCUUGUAGGUGGAGUAGAAAUGGUGCAACAGACACUUAUUCUUGGCAAGCAACCUCAUAUUGUGGUAGGAACUCCUGGGCGUCUUGUGGACCAUUUGUCCAACACAAAAGGCUUCUCACUUCGCAAGUUAAAAUAUUUGGUGUUAGACGAGGCUGACAGGUUACUGAAUGAGGACUUUGAGAAAUCUAUUGAUGAAAUUUUGAAUGUUAUACCUCGUGAGCGGAGGACCUAUUUGUUUUCUGCCACUAUGACAAAAAAGGUGAAGAAACUCCAGAGAGCUUGUUUGAGGAACCCAGUGAAGAUUGAAGCAGCAACUAAAUAUUCCACUGUUGAGUCAUUAAAGCAGCUGUAUCUGCUCGUUCCUGCCAAGUACAAGGAAUUUUAUCUUGUUUAUAUUCUAACCGAGAAAUCUGGAUGCACAUCAAUGGUUUUCACCCGCACAUGUGAAUCUACUCGCGUUUUGGCUUUAAUUCUCCGAAAUCUUGGCCUGAAGGCCAUUCCCAUUAGUGGCCAGAUGAGUCAGCCAAAGAGACUAGGAGCCUUGAACAUGUUUAAGGCAGGAGAAUGCAACAUUCUUAUCUGCACAGACGUGGCAAGUAGAGGACUUGAUAUUCCAUCAGUGGAUACAGUUAUAAAUUAUGAUAUCCCGUCUAACUCUAAGGAUUACAUUCAUCGAGUUGGAAGAACUGCUCGAGCUGGAAGAUCUGGCGUAGCAAUCUCACUGGUGAGCCAGUACGAGUUGGAGUGGUACAUCCAGAUAGAGAAUCUCAUUGGUAAAAAAUUGGAUCAAUAUCCUGCUCCAGAGGAGGAAGUCCUUCUGUUGUCGAAGCGUGUCUCUGAAGCCAAGAGAUUAUCACAGACGAAAAUCAACGAAUGUAAUGAAGGCGGGAAGAGGAGGAAAGGACAGGGAGAUGAGGGAGAUGAAGACAUUGAAAGAUAUCUGGGCUUUAAGAAUGGGAGGAAGUCCAAGAAGUUCAAGAAGAAAUGAGAUGCAGUUCGACAGCCAUGCUCUUGCUAACCUUCUAUGGACAUCGAGAUGCUUUAUCAUCCCUCGGUCCUCUUCUAUGUCGAUCUCAUCUCAUCCCUGCAUUGUGCGGUUGGCUCUUGGUUCACCAGAUAGACUCGAGUUCUAGAGAUAUCCUAUAUUAGCUGUUUUUAUUUUGCUUAGUUUUUUGGUAAUUAGCGGAAUUGUGCAGUCAUUCAUUUCUCUUCAAUUUAUACAACAGCAAAUUUUGUCGACUGGAAGUAAAUUUUAUUAGGUUCUUAUAAGAGUAAAUUUCAUAUUGUGAUGUCA